AUGCUUCCACGCACCAAGUACAACCGCUUCAGGAAUGACUCGGUGACAUCGGUCGAUGACCUUCUCCACAGCCUGUCGGUAAGCGGCGGCGGCGGCAAGGUGUCCGCGGCGCGGGAGACCCCGGCGGUGGCCCCCUACCUGGUGUCCGGCGAAGCGCUGCGCAAGGCGCCCGACGAUGGGCCCGGAAGCCUGGGCCACCUGCUCCACAAGGUGUCCCACCUGAAACUCUCCAGCUCCGGCCUCCGCGGCCUGUCGUCCGCCGCCCGAGAGCGGGCUGGCGCGCGGCUCUCGGGCAGCUGCAGUGCGCCCAGCCUGGCAGCCCCGGACGGCAGCGCGCCCCCCGCUCCCCGCGCCCCGGCCAUGAGCGCAGCCAGGAAGGGCCGGCCCGGCGACGAGCCGCUGCCCAGGCCCCCACGGAGCGCGCCACACGCCAACGACCAGGUGCUGGGGCCCGGAGUCACCUACGUCGUCAAGUACUUGGGGUGCAUUGAAGUUCUACGCUCCAUGCGGUCUCUUGACUUCAGUACAAGAACACAAAUCACCAGGGAAGCCAUCAGCCGAGUCUGCGAAGCCGUACCCAAUGCCAAAGGAGCCUUCAAGAAGAGAAAGCCUCCAAGCAAAAUGCUGUCCAGCAUCUUGGGAAAGAGCAACCUCCAGUUCGCAGGGAUGAGCAUCUCCUUGACCAUCUCCACCGCCAGCCUGAACCUGCGUACGCCCGACUCCAAACAGAUCAUAGCGAAUCAUCACAUGAGGUCCAUCUCCUUCGCCUCUGGGGGAGACCCGGACACAACAGACUAUGUUGCAUAUGUAGCUAAGGACCCUGUUAAUCGCAGAGCUUGCCACAUUCUGGAAUGCUGUGAUGGGCUGGCCCAAGAUGUCAUUGGCUCCAUUGGACAAGCCUUUGAGCUCCGGUUUAAGCAGUAUUUGCAGUGUCCUACCAAAAUCCCUGCACUCCAGGAUCGAAUGCAGAGUCUGGAUGAACCAUGGACGGAAGAAGAGGGAGAAGGCUCAGACCAUCCCUACUACAAUAGCAUUCCCAGCAAGAUGCCUCCUCCAGGGGGGUUUCUUGAUGCUAGACUAAAAACCAGACCUCAUGCCCCUGACACAGCCCAGUUUGCAGGAAAAGAGCAAACUUAUUACCAAGGAAGACACUUGGGAGACACAUUUGGCGAAGAUUGGCACCAAACACCUGUCAGGCAAGGGUCCUUGGACACCUACAGCACUCCAGAAGGGAACUCGCACUUGGCCCCCCUGGGAGAAGCACCCACCUAUGUCAACACCCAGCAGAUUCCUUCGCAGGCCUGGCCAGCUGUGGCCAGUAGCACUGAGAGCAGCCCGCGGAAAGACCUCUUUGACAUGAAACCCUUUGAAGAUGCUCUCAAGAACCAGUCCUUGGGGCCUGUGUUGAGCAAGGCAGCAUCAGUGGAGUGCAUCAGCCCUGUGUCACCCAGAGCACCAGAUGCCAAGAUGCUGGAGGAACUGAAAGCUGAGCCUUGGUACCAAGGAGAGAUGAGCAGAAAGGAGGCAGAGGGGCUGCUGGAGAAAGACGGAGACUUCCUGGUCAGGAAGAGCACCACCAACCCAGGCUCCUUUGUCCUCACAGGCAUGCACAACGGCCAGGCCAAGCACCUGCUGCUUGUGGACCCUGAAGGCACGAUCCGAACAAAGGACAGGGUCUUUGACAGCAUCAGCCACCUCAUCAACCACCACCUGGAUGGCAAACUGCCCAUUGUAUCUGCUGGGAGUGAGCUGUGCCUCCAGCAGCCCGUGGAGAGGCGACAGUGA